AUGCACAUCGAAAAAAAUGUUCUAGAAAGUCUAAUCGGUACAUUGCUGGAUAUUCCUGGGAAAACCAAGGAUGGAGUUGCUGCGAGAAUGGAUUUGGUACACAUGGGUGUGCGAAAUGAGUUAGCACCAACUGUGGUUGGGAAGAAGACAUGUUUGCCGCCUGCAUGUUAUACACUUACUAAAGAGGAGAAGCGCAAAGUCUGUACUUCAUUUCUUGGAAUGAAGUUUCCCGAUGGAUAUUCUUCAAACAUUAGUAAGCUCGUAUCCAUGAAGGAUCUGAAACUUAGUGGAUUAAAAUCACAUGAUUGCCAUGUAUUGAUGCAGCAAUUGCUUCCAAUAGCUAUUUGUGGUGUUUUGCCUAAGCAUGUGAGGAUUGCCAUUACUAGGUUGUGUCACUUUUUUAAUGAUAUAUGCAAUAAAGAGAUAGAUGUGCCUAGGUUGGAAGUAAUUCAAAAAGACAUAGUGACAACUUUGUGCCUGCUUGAGAAAUACUUCACACCUUCAUUUUUUGACAUCAUGGUACAUUUAACUGUACAUCUUGUGCGUGAAGUUAAAUUGUGUGGUCCGGUGUGGUAUAGAUGGAUGUAUCCUUUUGAGAGAUACAUGAAAAUUUUGAAGGGGUAUGUACGCAAUCGUCAUCGACCAGAAGGGUGUAUUGCCGAGUCAUAUAUUGUAGAAGAGGCUGUUGAAUAUUGCUCGGAAUACUUAGCCAAUACAUACACUAUAGGGAUCCCAUCUUCUAAUCUUAAGGACAACCUGACAGAGUCUUCAUCAAGAGCUACAGUAAAAGUAAUCAGUGAUGAAGAAUGGGAGCAAGCUCAUCGUUAUGUGCUAACAAACGAUGCCGAUAUUGAUCCCUAUAUUGAGGCUCACAUGGCACAUUUGACAACAAUGUUUCCUAAGAAAGCUAAGAUGAAGAAAUGGCUUCAAGAGGAACACAAUAGGCUUUUUAUUACUUGGAUGCGUGAGCAAGUUGCAAAUACAGCUAUCGACUCUAGAUUGAGAUUUCUUUCUUUUGGGCCUAGCAAACGUGUAACACAAUAUGCUAGUUACACUAUUGAUGGUUUUGUUUUUAAUACAAAAAACCGUGAUGAUUUUAGAGUGGCUCAAAAUUCUGGAGUUAGCAUACAUGCAAGUGUUAUGCAAGUUGCUAGUUCAAAAGAUAAGAAUCCAAUUGUUUGUGACAUGUUAUUUUAUGGAAGAAUUGAGGAAAUAUGGGAGCUUGAUUACACUGCAUUCCGUGUUGUAGUAUUUAAGUGUAGUUGGGUGGACAACAAAAGUGGCGUAAGAGUGGAUGAUUCUGGCUUUACCUUAGUGAAUUUGAAUAAAUUAGGGUACAAGACAGAUUCAUUUAUAUUAGGUAAUCAAGCUAAACAAGUGUUCUACAUUCAAGAUCCUGAUGAUGAAGCAUGGUCUGUAGUUCUUGCUAGUCCCAACAAACGAUACACUGAAGAAGUCAAUCGUGAUAAUAUGGGAGACAUUUCUGUCCAACUCCAAGGUUUUUCAAGAACAGUGCCUGUAGUUGAUUCAAACAAUGCAUCAGAUGAAAAUGAACCACCAUGUGUGCGUGAAGACUGUGAUGUUAUUUGGGUUGACAAUGCUAAUAUGUAG